AUGCAACGAUAUAUCAAAAAAUCGAAGAACGAUGAGCAAGUAGAUCCUGCAAUAGAAAAAGACCGUGGCGAAAUAUUUUACGAUCCUACAAAAUCAUCACCUUUCGAGCGAGGAGAGCAUAAAACACAAAUAGAGACACGAAAAUCUACCAAAGAAGAAACCAUUGAUUAUAUUCAGUCACAAUGGGUUUCUGAGGAUUUCGACGCCGAGGAUCUCAGAUCGGUUAAUUUAUCCCAGCCUUUUAUAAUGAUUAGUCCGGAGUCGACAUUCAUUGAAAAAUUCUUAGAAAAAAGAUGUCAAAGGCGAUUUGCAAAACAUCAAGUUCCGAUUGAUAAUAACAACUCUUCGAUACCAGCUGAAUAUUUGGAGUUAUUGGAGGUGGAGAUAUUCUGUAAAACUAAUGUUUCGGAUUCGAUUUCUCGAGAUCUAUGGAAUGAAUUUGGACGGUGGGCAUACUUUACGAGGGUUCCCAAUUUUAGAAAAAAAUUCCGGCAUCACUGUCGACGUCUGUGGGCUAAAAUAAGGCAUGCACAUGAGCAACGAAUAAAAACUUGGAAGGGGCCUCUAGAAGAUCACGAAAUCCCAGAAGUAUUCCAACGGCACCCAAAGGACAAGCUUGUUAUUGCGGAUGAAACCACAAAAAAAAUCAUAAAUAAUAUCCACCUCGAUAGCUACCAAUAUAUCUCUAAAUCCCAUUGCAUUAAAAAUACUUUUGGCGAAACGAUGGUUGACUUCUUUGAUCUGGACAAUUCAGAAUCUGUGAGAGUUGCGCAAUCUGCAGUGGAUGAUUAUUAUGAGCACACUCGCAAACAUGUCAGUCAUCAGAGUAGCCAGUUUAUCAAUAACCUGGCAGAACAAUUCGGUUGUUUGACGGAUAGCAAUAUAGAGCCUUACGUUACAGCAAGCACCGUAUCCAACCAUUCCCAGGACCAUCGGAGUUGCGUAAAUAAAUUGAUGCAAGGACUUCAACUAUUAUCAGACGCAGUUAACGAUUAUUUUGGUGUUUCUUACCCAGCGUUGUAUGCUAAAAUGAAAAAACUUAAUCUAGGUUCCAACGUUCCUAAAUGUUUCGGUGCCUUCCCAACAGUCGGUAUUAACUUUAACUCUAUUUGCCAGUUCCAUCGGGAUCUGAAAGAUCACCCUAAUACACUAUGUGUCGUGUGUCCCCUUGGAACAUUCGAAGGUGGGCAUCUGGCAUUCCCUGAAUUAAAGUUAGCAAUUAUGGCAAAGCAAGGACAGGCGAUCGCUUUUCGGUCACACCUCUUAAUUCAUGGAAACCUCCCACUAAUAACCGGGUCGAGACAUAGCAUCAUCUUCUAUAUUCAUAGCACUGUUGUAAAGCAAAAACGGAAAUUUGGUUCUCUUUUCGACGAAGACGCGCUGGAGAUUCUAGACACCACUCACUCAAUCACGGAUGGUGUUAAAAAGUAUCCCCCCCCCUAA